AUGGCAUUGGUUAUAAAAGAUGUCAAAUUCGCUGAAAUAUUAAUUUCUCAUGGUGCCGAUGUAAAUUCUUUAAAUAAAUUUGGUAUGACUCCUCUUGAUUACGUUAUAAUUCUUGAAAGAACUGAAGACGAUACUCAUCUUGAUAUUUUGGAAGAUUUAAUAAAAUUAAGGCAUCUCUUAAUAUCACAUGGUGGAAAAACUUUGUCAACAAGAAAGGAGGUCCUUGAAAAAUCUAGCAACAAUUUGACAAACCUGUCUACAUCAGUUUAUAAUGAAUAUUUUUGA